AUGAGGCUCAAGUCGCUCAGCCUCCAGAUGAUCCCGUGGUGCUUCCACGUGGUGGGGGCCACGUUCCGGCCGGAGCUCGACGGCGGCGGCGGCGGCGACGACCUCCUCCACAAACUCAAGCCGACAUCGUCGCCGGCCGGCUCCGUCCGGGUCAUCGGCUCCGACGGCCGGGUACGAGUCUACGACAGGCCGGUGGGGGCAGCGGAGGUGAUGAUGGAGAAACCUUGCCACCUCGUCUGCCGCUCCGAUUGCUUUUUCAUCGGCCAGCGCGUCCCCGCCCUCGCCGCCGGCGACCAGCUCCAGCCUGGCCACAGCUACUUCCUCCUUCCCUCCCACUUCUUCCACUCUGUUCUUUCUUUUGUCACCCUCGCCGCCUCCUUCGCCAACAGUAUCAAGAAUUCGCCGUUCCUCCGGCCGUUCGACAUACACAAGACCCCAUCCGGGACACUCCAGAUACGAGUCUCGGACGAGUUCUUGGAUCGGCUGAGGAUGGAGCAGGAGGAGAUGGAGGAGAUGGAGAGGAGAGGGAGGAGGGUUUGCACCACGGAGGCGCUGGAGAAGGAUUACAGGCAGUUGGUGAGAAGUAGGUCGUGGAAGCCGAAGCUGGAGACAAUAAGGGAGUCGGAGAGGAAGAGGAGGAGCAGGGGUUUAGCUUUUGAUAGGAUCAGGAGGAGGAAGAAGAGAAGCCAGAAGGCAUCCCAGACCAAAGAGGACAAAUCUCGCUUGUAA